AUGGAAGAAAAAAUAAUUUUGGUUACUAAGUACGCGUACACAAUUUGGGUGAUUCUUGACAUUCUUGAAUUUUCACUUUUUUUAAUCAUUUUAUUUUGUGUGAAUUUUGAUGAAAAUUUUGGUUCUUUCUGUGAUUUUUGAAAUUCUUGAAUUUUUAUUCGUAUCGUUUUUUUGGUGAAUUUUGAUGAAAAUUUUGUUGUUUUCUGUUGCUUUAAAGUGAUGUGACAUUUUUUUGUUUGUAGUUAGCAUAAAGUUUCAAUCUUUUGUUCAAUAUUUGAACACCCUGUUUGGUUGGUGGAUUUUUUGAAAUUUUCAUUUGAGUGAUUCUUGAAAUUUCUUUUUUAUCAUUUUUUUUUUGGGAGAGUUUUGAUGAAAAUUUUGUUGUUUAAAGGUGAUGUUACAUAAUUUUUUUCUUGCAGUUAGUAUAAAGUGUCAAUUUUCAUGUUUUUUGAAGAGAAUUAUUUGGUUGCUUUGGGUGUUCCUUGAAAUUCGUGAUUUUUUUUUCCUGUUGAAUUAUCCUUCUCUUCUUUUGCUGCAUUUUGGUGGUUUUUGAUGAAAAUUCGGUUGCUUUAAGGUGAUGUGACAUUUUUUUCUUGUAGUUUGUAUAAAUUUCAAUCUUAUGUUAAAUAGUUGAACACCCUGUUUGGUUGGCGGAGAAAACUGGAUGAAUAAGAAGAUAAAUUCAGAAUUUUGUGGGGAUUUCAUGGGUUUUGAAGGGAAUUAUGAUGGAUUUUGAUGAAAAUUUUGGUUUUGCUUUGGGUGAUCAUUGAAAUUCUUGAUUUUUUUUUCUGUUGAAUUAUCCUGCCAUUGUCUUUAUUUUUAUUUAUUUAUUUAUUUUUGCAUUUUGGUUUUAAUGAAAAUUUGGUUGCUUUAAGGUGAUGUGACAUAUUUCUUUCAUGUAGUUAGCAUAAAGUUUCUAUCUUUGUUUGUUCUAUAGUUGAACACCCUAUUUGGUUGGUCGAGAAAAUGGAAAAAAUAGAUAAAUACAGUAUUUUUGUGGGGAUUUCAUGGUUUUUGCAGGGAAUUAUGACGAAUUUUGAUGGAAUUUGGGUUGGUUUAAGGUGAUGAUGUGAUGGUGAUAAUGAGCCAUUUCUUUCUUCUUUGAUUGCAAAAUUUUCUUGUAGUUUCAAUUUUUGAAUUCAAAGCCUUGUUGUGUUGGGGAGAAACUGUUGAAUUUAUUACUAAAGUUUUUUCAAGAAUGGUAUUUCAUGGGAGAAUUGUGGUGAAAGAAAAUUUGGUUGUUUUAAGGUGAUGUCAUUCAUUUCUUUCUUCUUUCUAUGUACACAGUUUGAAUAAAGUUCCUAUCUUUUGUUUGGUACUUGGUUGGAUUGGGGAGAAAAUCUUGACAAAGUAGAAGAAAGUGUUGAAGUUUUGCUCUUUAAGUUCCUUAAGAAUAACUUUUCAAGAAUUAUUCACCUUAAAGAUUUUUCCUUUCUUCAGAAUUUUGGUCCCCUCCGCCCAGAAGCUUCUUUUUUCAGGAUGUCCUUAGAUUAGAUCUAUUGAUCUUUCCCAAGGAAUUCUGAAUUUGGCAGGUUUCUUCUUUAGAUUAUUUGGCGUACUUGGCCCGCUUGACCAGAGGGAUGUAUAGAUCUGAUGUUCUUAUACUGUAAAGUUGAUAAAAGACUGCUUGUAUUUUAUGUCUUUUGAAUGUUUAAUCCUAUGGUUUCUGAGAUAUGGUGUUGCAUAAGAGGUUAGAUUAUGGAUUCAAUGGCUAUCAGGUGCCUCAUAUUCCCCGAGCUACCAGAUCAGCUAGGGGAAGGGGCAAUAUUAGGAAGAAAUCUGAUAGCAAUGAAAUGUGUGCUUUUGACUUGUUGACUAGUGUAGCGGGGAAGUUACUGUUGGAAGGAGAAAGCACUUCAAAUCCUAGUUUAAAAGAUAGGUCUGCAGUCAUGAAAGAUACCGCUGAGACUUUUAAAGAGGAUGAAGAUACAUCGUUAAAAGAAAAUCUGUAUACUGAAGGUUGCCAGGAGAGGGGGUUCUUCAUUUCUCAGAUUGUCUCAGAAGCUCCUGCAGUGAGUCAUUGUUUAAGCAAAUCGACAGAUACAUUAGCUGGACCAGCAUCUGCAAUUACAAGUUCCGAUUGCUCAGAGAAGUUGGGUUGUGCAGAACAAUUCAUAAAUGCUGAAAGCAAAAUUGAAAAGGUAAACUGUUCUACCAAAGCAGAACAGGAGGCAUCUGGUUGUGGAGAUUUUUCUAGUUGUACAUUAGGCGCUGAAAGCAAAAAUCAAGUGAAAAUCGACCUGUCUAAUUAUGCAAAGAUUUCAACUAAUAAGAAUGCUGCAAUUAGCAGUUUAGAUUUUCCUGAUCUUUGGGAUAGGAAGCAUUCGAUGCUUGUUGCUUCGGACAAUACUGUAAAAUUCUCUCUUUCUACGGACCCUGAUCCUUUUGGGUCCUUUCCGGUGAUCCGGAAUGAUGUACAGUUAGCUAACAAAGAUGACGACGAAAAAUCUUGCGUGUGCACUCAACCUAGAACUAGCAAUAAGGCCUUCAGGCCAGCACUACAUGUAGGAGAUUGGAGGAAGCGGAAGUUACAGGCAUCCAAAUACUUGGAAGUAAAACCACAAUCUAAUGAUGAGGGACACGUCAAUGUCGAUAAUGAAACAAGGCAUGUGUACCAGAACAGGAAAAAUGACUACACGAAUGAAAGGUCUCAGAGGGAUUUUCCUUUCAAGAAAAGAAAGCUCUAUUAUUGUAACUCGUUUUCCAAUUCCAAUGGAGGGAGUAGUGAUGGAAUAUGUAGUUCUCCAACAAAAGACAUAAGUCUAGAUGCAUCCGGUUAUAGUCUAGCAUCCUCAGAAGAAGCCCAUGCAGCAGCUGGGACGUCAAUCCCCAAAGGAGCUCGUGCAUCCUUCAGGUCUAAUGAUUCCCAUGUGAAGCUCAAGAUCAACUCGUUCAGAGUUCCUGAGCUUUUUGUUGAGAUUCCGGAAAAUGCAACUGUUGGUUCUUUAAAGAGGAGCGUAAUGGAAGCAGUGACGGCAAUACUUGGUGGUGGGCUGCGGAUUGGUGUUGUGUUUCAGGGUAAGAAGGUUAGAGAUGACAACAAGACCUUAUUUCAGGCUGGAAUUUCACAUGAGGACAAACUUGAUGCUCUUGGUUUUACCCUGGAACCUAGCCCCUCUCGAGCUUCCCCACCUCUAGCUCCAGAAGGUCGUUCUCGUGUACUUCCUUGUGAGACAGCUCAACCACUAACAAGCAGGUGCUCACCUGCUCCUACUGUUAUUCGUAAUGGCAUACAACAGGGGACAUAUAAUGGCUUCACGGAUCAUCCAAGAACAAAUUUGAGUAACUUCAUUGAUAGCGAUCACGAUUCAGCUCCGUCCCCACCUGAUGCCUUUCUGGAGAAAAAUGCUGCAGAUUCAAGAGCAUUGGUUCCAGUUGCUGCAGUAGAUGCAGAAGCCUUGGCUGUGGUUCCAAUGCGAAAGCCCAAGCGUUCUGAAACCGCGCAGCGUCGAAUCCGCAGACCUUUUUCUGUUUCUGAAGUGGAAGCACUUGUUCAAGCUGUUGAGAAGCUUGGAACUGGAAGGACAAAUGGAAAACACUGGUGCACACAGCGCGAAUAUCCCCUCAGCAAAGGAGAGGUGAGCCUGUGCCUCAGGAACUCCUUGACAGGGUCCUCCUUGUGCAUGCUUACUGGUCCCAACAACAAGCUAGGCAACAGAUGAAACAUCAUUCCGAGACGCGUCUUUUGCUUUCAGAUGGUUGUAAAGGAUAAACUGCAGCAGUAAUUGGAGAAGAUAAGUAGAUGGGUUUUGGACAAUUUUUUUGUUUUGUUAAUAAUAUACUAUAUUUUAAGUGUAAAAAUUAUAGCACAAGGGGGAAGUAAAUUAGUUAAAUUACAUUUAGUUUUCUUCAUGGAAGGGGAGUUGGGGGUUGGCACUUGUACAUGUUUGAUAAUAAAGUGCUUACUAACACACAAUUUUUGUAUCAGGGGUUUUGUAGUCUGCUUAAAUUCUUGGUUUUUUGACCAGAAAUUUGUUUUUUGGGCAAUAGGGUAUUGUAGUUUAUUGUUCACUUUGUGCAGUAGAAAGGGAAAAAGUUGAUGUAGUUGUUAUGAUGAAACUUUACAUAAAAAGUUUCAAUAGACUACAAUUUUUGUUUCAUACAGAUUAUUUUCCUUUGGCUCA